AUGUUGGCCGCCGCUCAGCUCCUCCGCGCCCGCUGCGCCGCCCUCUGCGGUCUCGCCCCGAGGGCCUUCGCCGCAGCGGCAUUGCCUGCACGUUGCUAUUCUCAUGAAUCCCACGAGUCAGAUGAAGAGUUUGAUGCUCGCUGGGUGACAUACUUCAAUAAACCAGAUAUCGAUGCUUGGGAGCUAAGAAGAGGUAUGAACACCCUGGUCGGUUAUGACCUGGUUCCAGAACCAAAAAUCAUCGAUGCUGCUUUAAGGGCAUGCCGACGACUAAAUGACUUUGCUAGCGCAGUCCGUAUAUUAGAAGUUGUAAAGGACAAAGCAGGGCCCCACAAAGAAAUCUACCCCUACGUUAUCCAGGAACUUAGACCAACUUUGAAUGAACUGGGAAUCUCAACUCCAGAAGAACUUGGCCUGGACAAACUGUAAACAUUUCAGAUGAGCUUCCCACGGGUUUAUUGUUCAUGCUACCUGACUGUACAACAGUUGUCUGGAGACAGAUGUUAUAAUAUUACUUAUUUGAAAUAAAUUCUUCCUGUUGUUGAGUCCUGGAAUAUGUAUGGUGACACUGGGCCUAUUAAAGGGAAAACCUGGUUUGAA